CAGUUACGUAGAGAGCGUAGCUGUGGGCGGAUCUGUGGUAGCCAGUAGCUGGCUACGAGAUCUCCGUCGGCGACGUUAGCCAGACGGGCUAGCAAUGACGGAUAGGAUUGCUCCUGCCGGGGUCUGGAUUGUGAGUCACCAGACAUGAUUUUAUGGAGACCACCCUACAAGGCCUGAGCUGAUUUUGUCAGCUUUGUGUAGGUUUGGUUUUCACCUCCCCAAGUGUCCUCUGGAUAUCAGCUGACCAUGGUGGUCUGAACAGAGGAAAGCCUGGCACAGUGUGUGUUCACUCUAACACGGCAAGGCUCGACCGAGAGAGGAGCAGGAGAGGAGACGGACCGGAGCAAAGAGAAAAAGCAUAUUUAAACACAACAUGUCUCAAAACAGAGAACUGGUGGUUUUCUACAUAAACUAUAAACUCACCCAGAGAAACUAUCCUCUCAGCCACAUGGGACUCAUAGAGCCUCCAAACAGGACUGAUGGGGGGGAGGCAGGGUUAGGUGAGGAGCAGCGGGUAGCGACACACGCCAACGGGACUUUUAACGGCAUGAGUCCCGGGACCCCGCCAGCAUCCCCGCUGCGGCAGCAACAGUUGCCAUCAACGACGAGCCUGGAUGCGGUGAAAGAGGCCCUCCGGGACUCAGCCAACGAGUUUGAGCUGCGUUACGCCCGCGCCUUCAGCGAUCUGCACCACCAGCUGCACAUCACGCCGGCCACAGCCUACCAAAGCUUCGAGAACGUGAUGGAUGAGGUGUUCCGGGACGGAGUCAACUGGGGCCGCAUCGUAGGGCUUUUCGCUUUUGGCGGGGCGCUGUGCGUGGAGUGCAUCGAGAAGGAGAUGAGUCCGUUGGUGGGCAGGAUCAUAGAGUGGAUGACGGUCUAUCUGGACAACCACAUUCAGCCCUGGAUCCAGAGCCAAGGAGGAUGGGAGCGCUUCGCCGAAAUCUUCGGGCAGGACGCAGCGGCAGAGAGCAGGAGGUCUCAGGAGAGUUUCAAAAAGUGGCUGCUGGCGGGGAUGACCCUGGUGACCGGAGUUGUGGUGGGCUCACUCAUCGCCCAGAAACGCCUGUGAAGGGAGAACCGCGACAACCCUUCCUAACGCUCAUGAUCCUCUCCACCUGCCUCCGUCACUACCCUCAACCUACACACCACGAAAGUUAAAAUGAAGGUCCCGUUUGUCUCGUCAGAACUGCUGAUGAUGUUUACUAUUCCCCCUCCCCCUCACACAUCCCACAGUGGACUAAGAAUCCUCACAUGUUGUUGAACUGAGAAAAAGACAGAAAAGAGGAUGAGUUACUAGUAUUCAUGUGUUCACCUUAUUCCACCUUGAUGAAAAAUGUGCGGUUAUACAGAGACAGACAUGUUAUGCUUUCAUUUACUGAAGCGAUUGUUCCUGCUAUUCCUUCCUCCACUGGUUAUUACUUUAUGUUUGUACACAUUAGUUUUAACAAAUUUUGUUUUCCCAUGUUUGUCCUCAAAAGAGGCUAAAACUGACUCCAGUCCUCACAGUUAACCCAAACCUGUGUGAUAUUAAGAGUCAGUUUGUUGUGGGGCCUGGGCUGCUCUACACGUCUCUGUCUUGAAGCUUGUUUUGUUGCCCAUCCUCACAGACGCCUCUACGAUAGGUUUGUGUGUGCCAUAUGGAGAGUGAAAGCAGGGGAGGAUGUAGCACCUGCCCCUGAACAACUUCUGUAGUUCCCAUUUCCUGCCAGCCAUCCUGAUCACCUGCACAUAACAGUAUAACAUCAUAACUCAUGACUUCACACACCGAUUGUUUUGUCUCGCCCUGUUCUUCAUGCUUAUUGGUUUUGUAUAAAUGAUGAAUAAGAAGGAGUCAAUCUGAUUUUAGUUAACAAAACAUGGGAGUCUUAAAGUUAAAACCUAAUAGGAAACUAUCUCCUCUGCUUGUUUGUGUUUGUUGGUGCAUUUUGGUUUUUGGAUUUGUGAACCAUUAAAACCCCACUGCUCUCGCCGA